CGAGAUGUUGUACGGAGGUAGGGCGCUUCAUUAUGCCAAAACUGCGUACGCUCCCAGUUGUCACCUGAAUACGAAUCCGAUCCGAAUAUGAAUCCGACCCUAAUGGCUGUGCGGGCUUAUUUCGAGCCGCCACAGCUUGGCUGGCUGGAAGCGGAAAUCUUUCAAUCCGGAUUAAGAUUGGAAGAUCUGAUAGUUCUCUGCUAUAAACUGCUUCAAGUGCCGACAACUUCAUCAAUGUCAGGUUUCAUUUCUACACGAAUAGUCGUUUAUUUCCUUUGAAACGCACCAGUUCUAUACCAAGGGAAAACGAUGGCCGCGUCUCUGCCGUUCGGUGCGGCUGCUCUGUCCCAUGGUGUCGUCGAGGAUAUUAGAGAGACGGUUGCUGGCAAUGGCACCGCAGGAACUAAAACUGCAACACCAGACGACUCUGAUAACGAAAAAGAGGAUCUGCGCGAAUCAGUCACACAUCUUGCCAGGACCUUCACACAGCACUCGGUCAAGAAUGGCCAUGGACAGUAUGUCAAUCCGUUCGAAGGAUCCGAAAAUCCCUCAUUGGAUCCCCAAUCAGGCCAAUUCAAUCAACGCGCCUGGAUUAAGGCUGUAAUGGGUGUUUCGUACAAGAACCUCAACGUGCAUGGGUUCGGUGAGCCUACGGACUAUCAAAAGACAUUUGGUAACUACCCUUUGGCAGCCUCCAGUCUUUUUAACAACCUGCGAGGCGAGAAUGGAAGGAUAAAGAUUCAGAUUCUACGAAAUUUCGACGGAUUGAUCAAGAGCGGUGAGAUGUUGGUAGUGCUUGGGCGUCCUGGGAGGCAUGCAUAG